GGCCUGUCUGUACUCUGUACUGAAAAAAUUGACGGACAAUAGAAAUUUGAGCCCCGUGAAAUCUGACUCCCGUCAUCGUAUACAAGCUCAUCGUCGAUCUCGUUCAUCAGUAGUCAUUCGUUGAUUUGCGAUUGAGUUAGUUCUGUAGGACUGUUGGAAGAAUUCAGUUGUUUAGGUGGGAGGGAACGGAUGGGUGCGCCAAAGCAGAAGUGGACCGCAGAAGAAGAAUCAGCCCUUAAAGCUGGAGUGCUUAAGCAUGGGACUGGCAAAUGGCGAACCAUACUUUCAGAUCCUGAGUUUGGUGUCGUUUUGCAGUCACGUUCAAAUGUAGAUCUCAAGGAUAAGUGGAGAAAUAUAAAUGUCACAGCAAUAUGGGGAUCUAGGAAGAAGGCUAAGCUUGCACUUAAAAAGACUUCACUGACCCCUAAACACAAUGGUCAGACUCUGCUGACCCCUAAGUUGAUGCCUGAACUUGAUAAUAAUCCCAUGGCUUUGAGCACUCUACCUCAGAAUCAUGAAGAAGUUCUUGAUGCUAAGCCUCUAGCUGUAUCAGGAGGACAAUUGCGAUCCUCUGGUUCGAGAGAAGCAGUUGCAAGGUUGGACAAACUUGUAUUAGAGGCAAUUGCCAAAUUGAAUGAGCCAAAUGGUUCUGACAGAGCUUCAAUUGCUAAUUACAUAGAGAAGCAAUACUGUGCACCUGAAAACCUGAGAAAGCUAUUGGCAACAAAUCUAAAGCUUAUGACAGCAAAUGGCUCAUUGAUGAAGCAGGUAAAACAUAAGUACAGCAUUGCCCCCAGUGCAACUGAUUCUGUUUCAAAAAGGCCUCCCAAGUUACUGCUGGAGGGAAGGCAAAAAGUUUCACUGAAGCCACAUAAAAAAGACAUCACCAUUCUUACCAAGUCCCAGGUUGAGGCUGAUCUAUCAAGGAUGAGAGGCAUGACAGCACAGGAGGCUGCAGCGGCUGCUGCACAGGCUAUAGCAGAGGCUGAAGUUGCAAUUGCAGAUGCUGAAGAGGCUGCUAGAGAGGCAGAGAAAGCGGAAGCUGAAGCAGAAGCAGCUCAAGUUUUUGCAAAAGCAGCAAUGAAGGCACUGAAAUGUAGGACGCUUUGUGCCCGGUGAAGUCCUUCACCUGCUGCUGUUGUAUGACUUGAUACGUGAAUGGAUUGGUAGACAAGAUCAGUGUGCAACUCAUCGCCUACUUAAAACAUCAUUGGGAUCAACAUCUAUACCUAUGUUAUGUAUAAGGUUAGGCUUGUAAAUCUAGAAUUUGAAUUACCGACGGGAAAGAAAUAGAAAUCAAACAUCUGGUGCCAA